UGACGUGCCUGCGCAUCAUAGCGGCGCUCAGCUGGUAGUGACUCGGCUGAUGGUAGCAGCCAGUAAGGGAUAAUGUGACGGAUGGCCGCGUCUGGUGUUUAACAGCCCAUAUAUCUCGAUCGUGCCGACCUCGAUACUCGUGUUGAUUUUGUGAAUGUCAUUGCACGACAAUAGGCGAUGCGGCGGUCAGACCAUUAAAAUGGCAACGAGCAAACGGGCGUCAAACAUCGACAUCGUCAUUACGCUGCACGGGCUUCUGUAAUUCGCGCGGUGGGGAGAUCGAGAUCGCAGGAUCUCGCACGAAUGCGACACGAAAGCGACGAACAAAGCUGAUAGUGAACAUGGGCAAUUGCCUGAAGCGCGCCGCUGGCAAUCAACAGGACAAUACCACUCUGCUGAGCAACAAUACCGAGCCCAACAUCUCCACUAGUGGAUCCUCGCAGGAGGGUCUCGGGCCGCCGAUUCCCUACAACCAAGCAGCUUAUUACCCAUCAAUUGCUACGAGGGAACGUCAUUUGCAGUCCACCAACUUGAACAUUGGUCGUGGCAUCGGAGUCAAUUUAGUGCAGACCAGUGGCUCAUCUGGUUUGAGCGAAGAGGAACAACAAGUGAGGAUCGCUAAGCGCAUAGGACUGAUACAACAUUUGCCAAUGCGAGAAUACGAUGGUGCAAAGAAAGGCGAGUGCGUGAUAUGCAUGAUGGAGCUGCUGGUGGGCGAAGAGGUGCGCUAUUUACCCUGUAUGCAUACCUAUCACGCGAUCUGCAUCGACGAUUGGUUGUUACGCUCGUUGACUUGUCCGUCAUGCAUGGAGCCAGUGGAUGCAGCGCUGAUUAGCUCAUAUCAUCCGACUACUUAAUACCAGAAGUGAUUGGAAUUUUAUUUGGUUUGGCCGAUCAGCGAAUCGGAAUUAAAUUAUCAGACUAAGUGUGAAGCAACCAUUGAAGAGAAAGCGAGAGAAAGAAAGAGAAAAAACUCGCUACUUUUACUAGAGCAUAUUAAAAGGCUUCAAGGUUAGUAGAGAGAUCGUGUGUUAAUGGCCUGAUUAUAUUUCGCCAUUACACUUGAUUUGUUCGUGCGUGCUGUUUAAUAAUAAUCUUUAUCUCAACAUACAUCCACAAAAGCGAAUUUUUUAGAACGUUUCCUAUAUACGAUAUAAAGGAAAGUCGAAAGAUUUUAUUUCAAUUAAAUUCUAUGGAACAUUACAUCCGCAGAAUCCUUUUCCUUGUAGUGAGUUAAUUGCUUGUACAUUGAUUUCUUAUAUUAGAAUCAAAGAGAAAUAGUUGGACAGACAAGUAGGCAGGGAGAGAAAGCGGCUCGAUGUAAGAGUGCAAUAAAGGAAUUCAGUAAGCCUCGUAUAUAUCGAUAUAUACAUAUAUAUAUAUAUAUAUAUAUAUAUACUGAAAUAAAGUACAUACACACAUCACACAUAUAUGUAUGUAUGUAUAUGCGUAGUAACAAGAUAAGAAGUGCGACACACAUAUGUACGUGAAAAUUACAUGGUAUCCUUUAUAUUCGUACGAUGCAUUUUCGUGUACAUUUUGGCGCAAAUCUUUGACAAACUCGUGCAAAUUCUCUUUUGUUUAAUUCUUUUGAUCGAAUCGUCAAGUUCUCGUAUCUCUCAGGUGAAGUGAAAUUAGUCGUGAUAAUUUUAAGCUCUAUCGACGUGAAACUUUGCUUUCGGAUACCCUGUAGACUACAUGCGCCUGUAGGCCUGCAAACAUAGUUAUGCUUCUUAUUUAACAAACUGCGAAAUGAUCGAACGAACAACAGUCUGAUAUAUUUUUAUGAUAAAAAAAAGAAUGAACAAUAUUCUCGAUAUUUUUAUUUCUUUAUGUUUCGCAUAAUGAAAAUCGCUUAAAUUAAUCUACUCCUCUACUGCUGUUGCGCGAUCAAUAUUGAACAUUUUUCACUUAAAUAAUGUGUACAGAGAAAGAAUGCUUUUCGUUGUACAUUACGAACGUUUAGCGGUUUAUUAUAUUAAUAAUCUGGAAACGUAUAGCAACGAAUAAAUCUUGGCGAAAGAAAGAAGAGAAAAAAAAAUGUCACUUUUGAACUCGCCGCUAAUGGACUAUGUAACUUAGAUUCUGUUGUUGAUUUAGUAGAGCUUGUUAAACUAACUUCUGCUACAGUUACAAUAAAAUACAAUAAAGUUGAAUAUUUCCUGAUUCCACUGAGUAAAACUGUUUACAAAUAUGUAUGUACAGUCUCGCGUGUAGUUUCGUACAUCAGUCAAUGUAUAAAAAAUGCGAUAAAUAAUUUUAACAAACUUGAAACAAAGUAACAUAUUUUGCGAACCAAAAGAAAACGCAAAUAAAUGUUUAAUUUAUAUAAAAAGAAGGGAAGCGCUUAACACAUGUGGUAUCUUUCUAAGUUUUCGUUUUAAAUGUGAAAAAAAAAAUAAAACGCUGUGAAAUAGUGAUUUAUUGACGAAG